GCCAGCGCAUACGUACUUGUUAUCACAGAAAUAAGGCUCCAAUAUCUUCAUCCCUCAACUCUCAAACUGAAUGGUUACAGCUAUUCCUUCCAUGAUUAUGUUGAUUUGUCUUGUCUUACAACCAUCAAAUUUACUACAGAUAUCGAUAAAGAUACGCUGCUCUACCAUCUCUUUAAGGUCGACAGUUCCAUGGGGAAAUGCUUUUCCCAAAAUAUCCUGUCCUUUCGCUAGUGUUUAUCCGCAAGGCUCAAAGGUGUUCCUGUCAUUAUGAUUGCUGCUGAGACGAUGAUUUGAUCGGUCUACUACUCCCCCCCCCUGUUCUACCGCUACUGUUUAGGGGCGCUUCCCUCUUCCUCUUCAUUAUUUUCAUUAUUUUUCUUUGCUGCUGGGUAUCAUAAAAUUCCACAAUGUCUGUUUAGUGUUUGUUUUUCUUCUGUUCCCAAUCUUGUUCACUAUCCCUCUGGCCUUAUUGGUUGUGAUCCUUAUCCAGCCAUCCAAUAUCAAUCAUCUUAUUUACUGUG